CUUUUUUUUUUGUUUUAAAUGAGUCCUUAAGACCUGGCUCUGUAUCUAGGCCCUAGGUUAGUUUGGGACAGUGCUUCUCAACCUUGGCAGCUUGAAGUUCUUUGGACUUUUAACUCCCAAAAUUCCUGAGCCAGCUAUAGUAGCUGCAUCUGUUUGUUUUGUUUCUUUUUACCUUUCCUCUUUUGUGUUCCAGCAAUUGGAAAAGUAAACUACUUCCUGCAGUGUCAGCAGCAUCAGAGGAAAGAAUCUAGUGUUCCCGUUAUUGCUGCAAGCAUUAGAUUGUUUACACAUUUACAGGUUUAAAAGAUAACAAUAUGCAUUGGCAGUAAUUUUUUUUUUAAAAACCAGCCCAACACUUGAGGAACUUUUGUCUCCGUACUUUUUAUCUCUUUGCUUCUGCCAGAAUGGCUGAGCCAAAGAGUGCAAAAAUGGCACACCCCAUUUUAAUCUCUUGAUCUUUAGGACAAAUCUGUGGCUUAGCCUUGUCUGUCACUUUUGGAAAAAUGGAACAAUGUGGAUGUGUCUUGCUGAACUAAAAUGAUGAUUUAAGUCUCAUUGAACUCCUAUCGAUGGAUUUAUCAUCUAUUUGCUUAGAUCACUGGCUGUUUAUUGCAGCAUUUUCAAGUAGGAGAUGGCAGAAAUCAGCUCACCAGCAAACAUCAAAGAAAAGAUUAAUGCAGUGCGUUCAGUUGUUCCCAACAAAAGCAACAAUGAGAUAGUGCUGGUGUUACAGCAGUUUGAUAACAAUGUAAACAAGACAGUACAAGCUUUUAUGGAUGGUAGCGCACUUCAAUUUCUAAAAGAAUGGAAUAUGACUGGGAAAAAGAAGAACAGCAAAAGAAAAAGAAGCAAAUCAAAGCAACAUCACCGUAACAAAGAUACAAAGGGUAGAGAGGAUGGAACAGAAAAGGUGUCUCUGGAAUCCCAAGACGUAAAUGACUGCCAGGUGAAUGGCUGUGCUAAAGAUACUUUCCCUGGCAAAUAUGCCAGUGAAAAAUCAAAAAAUCCUCAUGAAGAAAAGAGCUGGGAAUACAAGAACAGGAGAGAGGCAAGACCAGAAAUAACAGACAAAAAAGAAGAAUCUACAAAAGUAUCUAUAGAGCCAGAACAAAACAGCAGAGAGCUUCCUGAUCCUUUCCAAUAUUCACCACCACUUCAGUGCAAUGUUGGUAGAACAAAAUCAAAAGUUCUAGCUACCACCGUUAAAUCACUGCAAGUCCCGGCAUCUCAUGUUGAAAUGAAAGCAGAAGAUUCAGCCCAAAAAAGAGGUCUAAAUAUUGAGAAAUCUGUUAAAGAUCUUCAGCGCUGCACUGUUUCACUGACUCGAUACCGCAUGAUGGUCAAAGAGGAAGUGGAUAAUUCAGUAAAGAAAAUUAAAGCUGCUUUUUCUGAAUUACAUAACAGUAUCAUCGACAAGGAAGUGGCUUUAAUGGCAGAAGUCGACAAGGUUAAACAAGAAGCCAUGGAUAUUUUGACUGCACGUCAGAAAAAAGCUGAAGAAUUAAAGAGAUUAACAGAUUUGGCAAGUCAGAUGGCCGAGAUUCAGCUGGCUGAAUUGCGAGCUGAAAUUAAGCACUUUGUAAGUGAACGUAAAUAUGAUGAAGAAUUGGGUAGAGCUGCCCGCUUUUCCUGUGACACUGAACAGUUAAAAAUGCAGAUAUUACAGUGUGGAGAAAUUUUCCAUCCAAAAAACAAUUACUCCUCUAGAACACCAUCCAGUAUGUUGCUUCAAUCAGAAAUUUCAAAAUCAGUGACCAGCAUGCGAAAUACACAUAACAAAAAAUAUUCUAAUCAGACUCCCACCAAGACUUCUGAUCACAAAACAGCAAUAACUAAAGGUUCAAGCCAAGUUCUCCCGGUUACAGAAUCCUCUUCUCAUGUAAUUUCAACAUAUAAACAGAAUGUGCCUUCAGGUCCGAGACGAAGAUUUCAUGCACACUACCACAGCAUUCAAAUCAAUGGUUCUCUCAAGCCCCCAAAUCCUGGUGAUGAGUCUGAUCAGAGCAACCCAAAGAGUCACUCCCGACAUGAAUACCGACGGCAGCACCAUCAUAGCUUUAGGCCCAAAAACAGAGGCAUGGUAAAAACUCAAGAGCAACCAACGCCCAUAAAAAAUCUAGACAAGGGAGCAUACCCAGAGAAAGCACAGCAAAAGCAUCUUAUUCCAGGCCCUACAGAGCCGAGUCCUUUGUGCAGCAAUAUAGCAAGGGGUUCUCCCUGUAAUUUAUGUCCUUCCAUAAUAGAGUCUUCUGGAGAGACAUCUGUCCUUUCAGUCACCGUGCCAGCUGUGACUUUGGUGGCAUGAUAACAGUAAUCUUAGUUUUUUCACUAAAGGUGCUUCUCCCCCCCCCCCCCCGCCCCCCGUUGUGUACUCCAUGAAUACUGGAGAAACAGCUUGAGAAAAAUAUUACAAUUGUGGUAAACCAAACUUGCUAAAAUGAUCUUAACUUUAUCUUGUUUUCUACAUGAAAAGCUUUGCUCAAUAUACUCAAGAUUAUUUUUUCAUAAUAAUGCAGCUUUAGCCAGCAGUAUUUACUAGAUCUACUAGACUGAUGUUGAAAAAUAAACUGUAAGAGGAUGUCAUUACAGAUGUUAAUUACUGCCCAGUUUGUUUUCAGUCAUUCAGUAUUAAAGAAGUAAAAUAUUGGCAUCUCUAAUAGUGGACUGUUAUGUAAAUACAUAACAUUUUUCACGCUUCCCAUAUUAAGGUAGAAUUCAACAAUUAUACGUGACAAAUCUCAUAGUUCUGUGUGACCUAAUGUCAUAUCCAGAAAAAUACUUAAGAUUAAUCAUAAUAGUAGAAAAACUAUAUAUUAAUUGUUCCAUGCUGUAAUAUUUGUAAAAUGUCUUUUUUUUUCCAUUUGAAAUUUAUAUAACUUACACAGUACAGUUUUUCCAAACCUUUCAGUUCUUUUUAAUGACUGAUUAUUUUUGUGGACUAAAAAUUGAAUGUAUUUCA